GUUCAGAGUGCGCGCACGACGCAGGGAAGUUCCUCGGUAUCCCUUUUGGGCUGCGCGACAAGUCAACCCAACCUCCCAACCUCUCAUGAGCUGCAAGCCUGCACCUCAUCCCGUCUCCAUCCACUCAGAGCGGCCGCCACCCAUUCUUCCCUGCUGCCGCCCAACCGCUCUCCGCCUCUCUGUCAAUCUGUAUCCGUACGGAGCAUUUGUACCAGGUUUCUGCUUUUUGCUUUCCGUCCCGCCAGGUGGCUUUUACCGCCUCUGCUGGCUGGUCAGGUUUUCGCUGCGUAUCCAUCCGUACCUAGACUGAGGCUGGGAGGUAUCCGUACUGGAGGUACAGCUCGAGAUGUACAACUAGAUACCUCUCAUCCUCCCGCCGUCCGUCUUCCUCUCGGGAACUAGGCGGCGCAAGCUGGGCUAAGCAGGCUCUCAUCGCUUGGCCAGCAAGAGGCUAGACUUGGGCCACACCAUAGACGCAACACAACCCACCACUAGGCCACCCCGUCCUCGUACACUAAGGGGAUCCAGUGGCAUAUUGGCCAGGUUGCCAGGGUUUGCGUAGAGCGCGAGGGAAAAUCCGCACGGGACUGUCAGCCAACAACGUGGUGCCAGCACGCCCUGUGGUUUCCUUGUCUGGUCGGUCCCGAGCCUUCUCUACUGGAUGGACGGAGCAGAAGGAGAAGGCCUCCCAUCCUACCUCAUCGUCUCACGGGGUGUGAGGAAGCGAGAUG